GGAAUACAUGCAACAGCUGGUUUCGUUUCUGGUGGAUUGAGAAUUAAAUGUGACUCAAAAUGCCUAUAAACUGCAAAUCCCAGUGCGGCAAUCGAGCUGCCUUGAAGCGUCCCAAAACCGGCGAUGCCCUAUGCAAGGAGUGCUUCUUUGCCGCCUUCGAGGCGGAGAUUCAUCACACAAUCUCCUCGAGCAAUUUGUUUCGGCGUGGUGAAAAGGUGGCAGUGGCAGCUAGUGGAGGCAAGGAUUCCACUGUCUUGGCUCAUGUCAUGAAACUGCUUAACGAACGACAUGAUUAUGGUCUUGAACUGGUACUUCUGUCCAUUGACGAGGGGAUUACUGGUUACCGGGACGACAGUUUGGAGACAGUCAAGCAGAAUCGUGAUGACUAUCAAAUGCCCUUGAAGAUUUUGUCCUACGAGGAGCUCUACGGAUGGACUAUGGACCGCAUUGUAGGACAAAUCGGACGUUCCAACAACUGCACCUUUUGCGGAGUUUUCCGCCGACAAGCUUUAGAUCGCGGGGCCAAGCUGCUGGGCGUGGACAGUAUAGCCACCGGUCACAAUGCCGAUGACAUUGCAGAGACAGUCCUGAUGAACGUGCUCCGCGGGGACACGGCACGCCUCCGACGCUGCACUGACAUACGGACCGGCGGCGGAGAGGAUUCUAUUCCGAGAGUAAAACCCCUUAAGUACAGCUACGAGAAGGAGAUCGUUAUGUAUGCUCACUAUAAAAAGCUUGUCUACUUCUCCACGGAGUGUGUAUUUGCUCCCAAUGCGUAUCGUGGACAUGCCAGAGCAUUUCUUAAGGAUUUGGAAAAGGUGCGCCCUUCGGUUAUCAUGGACAUCAUAUACUCUGGAGAACAGCUACGGUUCAAGGACACCGUAAAAAAGCCAGUGCGCGGCAUCUGUACUCGAUGUGGCUUUGUUUCCUCACAGCAGCCCUGCAAGGCUUGCGUUCUCCUCGAGGGUCUCAAUAGAGGAUUACCCAAGUUAGGCAUAGGCAAAAAGUCUAAAGGCGAACGAAUGAUUGCUAAGCAGGAUAAGGAACUAGCCCUUCGGGAGCGUGCAAAUUUAGUAAAAAACGAUUUUUAA